AUGUCGGGUCUACUUAAUUCUUCUAUGAAUGGUUCAGCCUCGAAUCUUCCUGAUAGCAGUGGGAGGUCUUUCACUUCAUCUUUCUCUGGCCAGUCUGGUGCAGGAUCUCCUGUGUUUCAUCACUCUGGAACUAUCCAGGGGCUGCACAACCUCCAUGGGAGCUUUAAUGUCCCCAACAUGCCUGGUACUCUAACAUCAAGAAACUCCACAAUGAACAGUGUUCCUUCUGGUGCUGUUCAACAACCCACAGGUAGCCUUUCUAGUGGACGGUUUGCUUCCAAUAAUCUCCCCGUGGCCCUUUCACAGUUAUCUCAUGGAAGUUCUCAGGGUCAUUCUGGAGUAACCAAUAGAGGAGGUAUAAGUGUUGUAGGAAACCCUGGAUAUAGUAGUAACACAAAUGGAGUUGGAGGUUCUAUUCCUGGGAUUCUCCCUACAUCUGGAGCCAUUGGUAACCGGAAUGCUGUUCCAGGAUUGGGAGUGUCCCCAAUUUUGGGAAAUGCAGGUCCUCGGAUUACAAGUUCGAUGGGUAACAUGGUUGGAGGGGGCAACAUUGGACGGAGCAUAAACUCGGGCGGAGGAUUGUCCGUGCCUGGGCUUGCGUCUCGUCUAAACUUAACUGGAAAUAGUGGAUCUGGAAGUUUAAGUGUGCAGGGACAAAAUCGACUCAUGGGCGGUGUUCUUCCACAAGGAUCUCCUCAGGUGAUGUCUAUGUUAGGAAACUCCUAUCCUACUGGUGGUGGGCCACUUUCACAAAGUCAUGUCCAAGCUGUUAACAACCUUAGCUCUAUGGGAAUGCUGGGUGAUGUAAACUCCAAUGACAGCUCGCCUUUCGACAUAAACAAUGAUUUCCCUCAAUUGACAAGUCGACCUAAUUCUGCAGGGGGGCCUCAAGGACAACUGGGUUCUCUGCGGAAGCAAGGUCUCGGAGUAAGCCCCAUCGUUCAGCAAAACCAAGAGUUCAGUAUACAAAAUGAAGACUUCCCAGCAUUACCUGGUUUUAAAGGUGGGAAUGCUGAAUAUGGGAUGGAUAUGCACCAGAAAGAACAAUUGCAUGACAGUACUAUGUCCAUGAUGCAGUCUCAGCACUUCUCCAUGGGGAGAUCCGCUGGGUUCAAUAUAGGGGGGACAUACUCUUCAUAUCGUCCACAGCAACAGCAGCAACAUGCCCCAGCUGUCAGUAGCAGUGGUGUUUCCUUCCCGUCUGUGAACAAUCAGGAUCUUCUUCAUGGUUCAGAUAUAUUUCCAUCUUCACAUUCAAACUAUCACUCACAGAACAAUGGCCCACCUGGUAUUGGACUGAAACCUCUAAAUUCUGCGAAUCCUGUAUCUGGCAUUGGAUCAUACGAUCUUAUUCAGCAGUAUCAUAAUCACCAAAGCCAGUCACAGUUUAGACUGCAGCAAAUGUCAGGCGUGAAUCAGUCAUUCAGAGAUCCAGUUAUAAAAUCCAUGCAAACUCAACCAGUUGCUGAAAAGUUUGGGUUACUUGGCUUGCUAAGUGUUAUACGAAUGAGUAAUCCUGAUCUGACGUCUUUGGCACUUGGAAUUGACUUGACGACUCUGGGAUUGAAUCUCAAUUCAGUAGAAAAUCUUCAUAAAACAUUCGGCUCUCCAUGGUCUGAUGAGCCAGCCAAGGGUGAUCCGGAGUUCAGCGUGCCUCAAUGUUAUCAUGCCAAACAACCACCUGUUUUACAUCAAGGGUACUUCUCAAAGUUCACGGUAGAAACAUUGUUUUACAUAUUCUACAGCAUGCCGAAAGAUGAAGCUCAACUAUAUGCUGCCAAUGAACUAUAUAAUAGAGGUUGGAUCUAUCACAAAGAGCAACGGUUAUGGUUAAUAAGAGUCCCCAACGUGGAACCACUGGUUAAGACGCCCACCUACGAGAGAGGCUCGUAUCACUGUUUUGACCCCAACACGUUUGAAAUCAUCCGGAAGGAUAAUUUUGUAUUGAAUUAUGAGACAGUGGAGAAGAGACCAGGUCUGCCUCAACAUUAA